AUGGGCUGCUGUGGAGAUUGCUGCGUGCCACCAAAAGAAUCUAGGGAGCCAAUUCGGUAUGAUCCGGAGUUCAGUGGUCCUACACGUAACCGUUCCUGCACCGACAUCAUAUGGCUGAUUUUUUUCAUUCUGUUCCUGGGAGUAUGGGGUUAUAUCGGAUAUUACAGUAUAACAAGAGGCAACGUGGAGACACUCUUAGCUCCGAUCGAUUCGAGAGGACACCGCUGCGGGUUGGAUUCUGGCCUCGAGGAUAAAAAAUAUUUGAUGUUUUUCGACCUCACACGAUGUUUGUCACCAGGGACUCCUAUUACUGGUUGCCCAACUCAGCAAGUCUGCGUCAACAAGUGCCCGGACCAAACAAUCAUGUUUCAGACAAAAAUAAGUGACGCGUCAAGCUUUGAGCAAGUAAGAUCGAGCAUGGUCUGUACCGAGGGUGUGAAUGUGCAAACCAUGACGUAUACUCAAGCUUUACAAAACAUUAAAGAUGGAAAAUGCGCCAGUUAUGUAUUAAAAAGUCAACCAGUGUUGUUCCGCUGCAUUGGCGACCUGUCCACAAUGCAAUGCAAGGACAUAAAGCCGGUGUCGAAGUGGACUAACGAAGCAAACGCAGAGCAGACCUGCGUUCGGAACCCAAAAGAGGCACAGCAGUCAUUGUUGAACAGCGCGACGGCUCUGGACUCGUACGUGGGUUGGAUAGCCGCUAGCUGGGUUACUUUCUUCACAAGGAACGAGCGGGAGACACACGUUCUAUCAUCACAAAUAGUGCAAGACUUGGUGCAGUCUCGAUGGUAUAUGGCGGGGGCAGUGGUGGCCGUGGUCAUAAUUUGCUUCAUAUACAUCCUGCUACUGCGCUGGCUUGUUGCGCCUGUCGUUUGGAUUUCCAUCGCUGGACUACAUGUCCUGUUAGGAUUUUCUAUUUACUUAUGCUACAAGAAUUAUAUAUAUUAUCGCAACAAUCCAGUAACUCUCAUCCAGACAUCAAAUUUGAAGGGCUACGCGCAAUCCAUAUUCACUAAACAGGAAACCUGGAUGACCAUGCUCGUUGUGUUGGCUAUUGUAUUAACGAUACUUCUCAUAAUAAUAAUAUUUCUGAGAAAACGAAUUACAAUAGCUAUAGCGCUGAUAAGAGAAGGAAGCAAAGCAGUUACUGCCAUCAAAUCAACGAUACUUUUUCCAAUAUUCCCAUGGCUAUUCCAGUGCGCGGUGAUUGCAUACGGAAUUUUGGUGCUUAUGUACUUACUGUCUAUAGGAGAUUCGGCAUUUAGAGUUGUUAACCUAAAAAAUGACACCAGCUGUGAUUGUGGCGGCGUUUACACAGAGGAUUACGUCAGUUGCGAACCGUCAACUUUCACACUCAAGUGUCGUGAUACGAGUCCGGGGGCAAGCUACCAACAGCCCUGCCAGCUUGCUUCCUGCCAUUUUACUGGAAUCGAAAAUCCGAAGAGUGUCAUUUAUAUGCAUCUUGGUAACCUCUUGGGUUUCUUCUGGACGAUGUUCUUCAUUAGUGGAGUAGCAGACAUGAUGCUGGCUAGUACCUUUUCGACGUGGUACUGGACCGCUCACAAGAGAGACUUGCCUUUUUUUACGCUCACCUCUGGCAUCUACAGGACAUUGCGCUACCACCUAGGAACUGUAGCUUUGGGAGCAUUAAUCAUUGCUAUCGUCAGAGUUAUUCGAGUCAUUCUGGAGUACAUUGACCACAAAAUAAAAAAGUUUGACAACUCAUUUACGCGCUGCAUUUUGUGCUGCUGUAAAUGUUUCUUCUGGUGCCUGGAGAACUUUCUCAAGUUCAUCAACAAGAACGCUUAUAUUAUGUGCGCGGUUCACGGAAAGAAUUUCUGCACUAGCGCAAGGGAUGCCUUUUCCCUACUUAUGAGAAACAUCAUGCGGGUUAUUGUACUUGACAAGGUGACGGAUUUCAUCUUCUUCCUGUCAAAAUUAUUGAUUUCCAUUGGUGUGGGCUUCGCAGUGUACUAUCUUCUACAGUGGAAUUAUGUGUAUGAAGUUACUCAAGGAGAACGAUUACAUUAUAGUUACAUUCCAGCCAUAAUACUCAGCAUAGCCACCUAUCUUAUAUGCACAAUAUUCUUCAACGUAUACUCUAUGGCUGUAGAUACGUUAUUCCUUUGCUUUUUGGAAGACUGUGAAAGAAACGAUGGAUCCGCAGAGAAACCUUAUGUCAUGUCUAAAAAUCUUAUGAAGAUACUUGGAAAAAGAAAUAAGAAAGUUUAA